AAGCCCUCCUGGUUGAUACAUGUUGAGGACAGGAUAGCUGAGGAAAAUGAACAAUUUGACUUUCGCGCAAUUUACUUCGAGAUUGUGCGAGAUUUGCUCCUCGAACCCGAUAACGACGGCACUGCAGUCCCCAAGGCCAUCAAACGGUUCAACGAGCAUUACGUUGCUGGCUUCGCCGGCGAAGACUUUGGGAGAAGGCAGCCGCCCGAGUACGCUGCUGGAGAUAUCCUAAAUGAGAUCUCCAUCGCUGUCUUUGAGACAGUCGGCAAAGUCUCCUUCACAGACAUCCGACAUGACAGGCUUGCCAAUCUCUUGACUGGUAUCAAGCGCGAUACAGCAGACGAGUUCAACAAAGAGGACCCUCAAUUUGUCUUUUUCGGAUGGGGGCUUGAGGCUGCUGUGGCCGAAGAUUGGAAUAGCAGUCAUGCCCAGGGAACUACCACAGACAACGAAUUCCGGACUGCAACCCAGGCUUCUGAUUCGUGGGUCAACAAAUCAGCUCUAUUGGCAAAGCUCUUCAGCGCAGGGCUUUUGGAUGCUGAUGGGACCCGUUGGAUUUCUGGGGAUUUCGAAAGUGCUUUCAAAACGCGCACUUCGGGAGACCUAGCAACCAACAUUGGUAAAAAAGCC